AUAUUUUACUUUGAAGCAUGCCCUCGCCAGCUUGCAUGCAGAAAAGGCGAGGGUGAAAAUUAAUUUCUUUGAAGACUGAGCCCAGCAAGUGGCACGGAUUCCUUUUUCAGGUAUUGUUUGGAUUGAAGGUGUCGGACGGAGAGGGAGGGGAACGGAUGGGGAUGGAUGGCAAGGGAGGGGGAGCGAGGGGGGGCUGUCUCUUUUCUCCUGUUUGGGUUUCCAAAGAAGCAGAGGGGGAGGGAGAUGGACUGAUUCGGAUUCCCUCCAACUACCCUCAAAUCUGCAGAUUUGCAAUCCGCUCAAUUUGGAGGGUUUGGGAGAGAUUUGAGUGACUGUUUAGAUUAGAUUAAAUGUAAUUACAAAAUUAACCUUAAUUUUUUUUAUUAUAUCCUUCUCCAUUACAAGUUUAAAGGAGAAAUUUGUAAAUUUAAAAUUAAUUUAAAUCUUUUCCUUCCUUCCCUUCCUUUUACCUUAAUUAUCCAAACAUAAAAUAAUACAAUCUUUCCCUUCCCUUCCCCUUCCUCAUUUUUAUUUAUCCAAACAAAAUUAACACAAAUCAUUUCCUUCUAUUUUCUUCCCUUCCCUUUCUUUUCCUCCCCCUCCAUUUCCUUUUAUUUUCCUCCAUUCCCCUCCCUUCCCUUCCCUUUACUAUUUUCUAUCCAAACGUUAUCACUUUGAUCUAAAAAGUUUAAUUUUCUUUUAAACUGGUCUAAAAACUCUAAAUAGUGCACUAAUCUGGUUUGUCAAAGUUUCAUAAAUUUUUGUAACGUAAUUCCACGCGUCAGCACCUAUAUGACUGCGUGCUCGUGAAUGUCAUGUAGUCCAAGAAAAUUAUAUUCAAUGAUAUAAAAAAGAUAAUAAAAAAGAUUAAAGAGCAUUGUAGAUC